GGCAUUGCGGGACGUAGCGAAGGGCUGGUUCAUUUUUGCAAAAGCAGGGAUCCCUGUGCUCGUUUGAAAACCACAAGUUUGCCUUUUUUGCUUCUUACCUUGAGUUUGCUCCAUAUUUAUGGCUUAUUUUCAGUCUAGUGCUCUGCUCAUAUUUUUAAGUGUAAUUAUGAGCCCUUGUUGAAAACACUUAAAAUACCCUCUUGACGAUGUGGGGUUUUUUUUUACCUUUUGAAAGUCUUUUCGCUGUUCCAGAGCUGAAAUGUAACUGGUGCUAGAGACGAGAAAAACUUUUUUAACUCCAAGUGUUAAUGUUUAUUAAUACAUAUAAUCCCAUGCAGGUGCUUAGAAAAAGCCUUCAAAGGGGGGUUGCGCUCUCAACAGGGUCCUUUUUGGUUUAUGAAGCUCACAAGCUGAUUUCUGGCUUUGCUGAGGUUCAUGCAAGCUUCAAAGUGGAAGAAGUUAUAGAGCAAGCAGACUACCUGUAUGGGAGUGGAGAAACGGAAAAGCUGUAUCAGUUGCUUGUUCAGCAUAAAAAUAGUGAUGACGCGGACUUGUUAUGGCGACUGGCGCGGGCAUCACGAGAUCUAGCUCAGCUCAGUAGUACUUCUGCAGAGGAGAAAAGACAACUGGCGUAUGAAGCCCUUGAGUAUACAAAAAAGGCACUUGAAAAAAAUGAAUCAAAUUUUGCAGCGCACAAGUGGUAUGCAAUUUGCCUCAGUGAUGUUGGAGAUUUUGAAGGAAUCAAGACGAAAAUUGGAAAUGCCGUUGUUAUCAAAGAGCACUUCCAGAGAGCCAUUGAACUGAAUCCAAAAGAUGCUACAACAAUUCAUCUUAUAGGCAUUUGGUGUUAUUCCUUUGCUGAAAUGCCAUGGUACCAAAGAAAAAUAGCUGCAACGCUAUUCGCCACACCACCAACAUCCACAUUUCAAGAGGCUCUUCAUUACUUCCACAUGGCAGAGGAAGCUGACCCAAAUUUCUACAGCAAAAAUUUGCUCUUUUUGGGGAAGACUUACUUGAAGUUAAACAAUAAAAAGAUGGCUCUUCUGUGGUUAACCAAAGCGAAGGAGUAUCCUGCACAUACAGAAGAGGACAAACAGGUACAGAAAGAAGCUUUGGAGUUGCUUAAUUCUAUCUAACAAGAAACAAGAUAAUGGGAAUUCAGUGCCUCAGGUUUGAGCAGCAUAGGAAAAAGACCCUAAAUACUACUUCUGUUUAUUGAAGCUGUUAAUAAAAGUAUAGCCUAAAUCUGCUAUCUCCAUCUUGUUUUAAUUAAACUGUCAACUAGA